AACUGAGACAAAACGUUUCAAAAACGCUGAAAGCUGAGAGAGAAAGAAGAAGAAUAGAGAGUUAGAGAGAGAGAGAGAGGUUACCUUUCAAAUCAAUAUUCAAACUAGUUAAGUUCUCCAUUUCUGAAUUCUCUAGAGAGAGAAACUCAGAGAUCUGGUUUCAGAUCGUAGCUUAGGGUCUGGUUUAGGGUUCGGUUUCGAUCGAUCCCUAUUUUUCAGGCACAUAACUCGAGUAUUAAAACUUUCUCUCUCUAUAUUUCGGUUUUCGAUCCGUUGAUUUUCAUCAUCUAUGGCGGCGAUCGAGGAGUUGUCAGAGCUUGCUGAUUCCAUGCGUCAAGCGUCGGCGGUACUCGCCGACGAAGAUAUCGAUGAAACAACCAGUUCUCGAAGACAGUCAACUUUCCUCAACGUCGUUGCUCUCGGCAACGUCGGUGCUGGUAAAUCAGCGGUUCUGAACAGUUUAAUUGGACAUCCAGUUUUGCCUACUGGUGAGAAUGGAGCUACCAGAGCUCCAAUUUGCAUUGAUCUGCAGCGAGAUACUUCGUUGAGCAGCAAAUCUAUUAUAUUGCAGAUUGACAAUAAAUCUCAGCAAGUUUCAGCAAGUGCUUUAAGACAUUCUUUGCAGGAUAGGUUGAGUAAGGCUUCCUCAGCCAAGGCGCGAGAUCAAAUAACUUUGAAGCUACGCACGAGUACAGCACCACCUCUCAAGUUGGUUGAUUUACCUGGGCUGGAUCAGCGCAUCAUGGAUGAAUCAACAGUUAGCGAUUAUGGUGAGCGUAAUGAUGCCAUUUUGGUAGUUAUUGUACCUGCAGCUCAAGCGCCUGAAAUUGCUUCCUCCCGUGCCCUAAGACUGGCAAAGGAAUACGAUGGAGAAGGUACCAGAACUGUCGGUGUUAUUAGUAAAAUAGAUCAAGCUGCAACAGACCAAAAAGCAAUAGCUGCAGUUCAAGCACUUCUACUCAAUAAGGGUCCUGCAAGAGCAGCAGACAUCCCUUGGGUUGCAUUAAUCGGGCAAUCCGUUUCGAUAGCUACGGCACAGUCUGGGUCUGCUGGUUCUGAAAAUUCUUUAGAAACUGCAUGGAGAGCAGAGAGUGAAAGCCUCAAGUCCAUAUUGACAGGAGCCCCUCAAAGUAAGCUUGGAAGGAUAGCUUUGGUGGAUGCUUUGGCACAGCAGAUUCAGAAUCGCAUGAAGCUGCGGGUGCCUAACCUUCUUUCUGGGUUACAAGGGAAGUCUCAGGUAAUUCAGGAUGAAUUGGCAAGGCUUGGUGAGUCAAUGGUAACCACUGCAGAGGGUACUCGUGCUAUAGCCUUGGAACUUUGUCGUGAGUUUGAAGAUAGGUUCCUACAGCACCUUACCACCGGCGAGGGAACUGGUUGGAAAAUUGUUGCCAGCUUUGAGGGGAGAUUCCCUGAUAGAAUGAAGCAAUUGCCGUUAGAUAGGCAUUUUGAUAUCAACAAUGUAAAGAGGAUUGUGUUAGAAGCUGAUGGGUAUCAACCAUAUCUCAUUUCCCCUGAAAAGGGAUUAAGAUCAUUAAUCAAAGGUGUUCUAGAGCUUGCGAAAGAGCCAUCACGUCUGUGUGUUGAUGAGGUACAUCGUGUUCUGAUAGAUAUUGUAUCAUCUGCUGCCAAUGCUACACCUGGUUUAGGAAGAUACCCACCUUUCAAGAGAGAGGUUGUGGCUCUGGCAACUACUGCACUAGAAGGGUUUAAGAAUGAAUCAAAGAAAAUGGUGGUUGCACUAGUUGAUAUGGAGCGUGCUUUUGUGCCACCCCAACACUUCAUUCGCUUGGUACAAAGGAGGAUGGAAAGGCAACGCCGAGAAGAGGAGUUGAAAGGUCGAUCUUCGAAAAAAGGGCAUGAUGCAGAGCAAUCUAUGCUCAAUCGGGCCUCUAGUCCCCAAACUGGUGGAAGCAUGAAAUCACUCAAGGAGGAUAAGGAUAAGGACAAGUCCGGUCAGGCAGAGAAAGAAGGUCCAGAAAGCUCUGGUUUAAAGACUGCCGGUGCUGAAGGAGAAAUUACAGCAGGAUUUUUGUUGAAGAAAAGUGCAAAAACUAAUGGUUGGAGCAGGCGAUGGUUUGUGCUAAAUGGAAAGACAGGAAAGCUUGGGUACACAAAGAAACAAGAGGAAAGGAAUUUUCGUGGUGUUAUUACAUUAGAGGAAUGCAACAUUGAAGAGGUUCCAGAUGAAGGUGAGCCUGCACCAAAAAGCUCAAAGGACAAGAAGUCUAAUGGACCAGAUUCUAGCAAAGUCAACCUUGUAUUUAAAAUUACUAGUAGAGUCCCGUAUAAAACUGUUUUGAAAGCUCACAGUGCUGUUGUUUUAAAGGCCGAGAGUGCAACUGAAAAGACUGAAUGGAUAAAAAAGAUAAGUAAUGUAAUACAAGCAAAGGGAGGGCAAAUAAAGAUUUUAUCUGAGGGCGGCUCUUCCAUGAGGCAGAGCCUCUCUGAUGGUUCCUUGGAUACAAUGGCUCGAAGACCUGCUGAUCCUGAGGAAGAACUCCGAUGGAUGUCCCAAGAAGUCCGUGGCUAUGUUGAAGCAGUAUUAAACAGUUUAGCUGCUAAUGUACCAAAGGCAGUUGUCCUUUGCCAAGUUGAAAAAGCUAAGGAAGACAUGCUGAAUCAAUUAUAUAGCUCUAUCAGUGGUCAUAGCACAGCUAAGAUUGAGGAGCUGCUUUUGGAAGAUCAAAAUGUGAAGCGCAGGAGAGAGCGUUACCAGAAACAGUCCUCGCUUCUCUCCAAACUGACACGCCAACUGAGUAUACAUGACAACCGUGCAGCAGCAGCCUCAAAUUGGUCAAAUGGGAAUGCAGAGAGUAGCCCAAGAAGCAGUGAACCAGGUGAUGAUUGGAGAUCUGCCUUUGAUGCAGCUAGCAAUGGUCCUGUUGGCCGUAGUGGUUCAACGAGAUCUGGAUCAAAUGGUCACAGUCGACAUAAUAGUGAUCCUGCGCAAAAUGGUGACAUCUCUGGCCCAAACUCUGGUAGUCGUCGCACUCCUAACCGAUUACCGCCUGCUCCCCCAGGUUCUUCGGGUUACAAGUAUUAACGAAUGACCACCAUUUCAUGUUUUGUUACAUUUUUGGAGCGUGCGAUUGCUCUCGCCCGAUUUCAUAUAUUUUGAGGAUAAGGUCAUCGCAAUUCUUUGUUCCUGCCAGGAUAUUUAGUGAUGAAAAAGGUUUGUGUAAAUAGAAGACUAGUUUGUUAGUAUAUAUAUGUUUUCUGGGCAUAUCCCAUUUUCCGGAAGUACGGUGUCAAGUCGUACUUGAAAAGAUUGAUCUUGUUUCUCUAUUCAAUAUUCUUUUUACAUUCAUACCUUUUAAUGUUUUUCUUUUUUUUUUUUAAUUUCGAUUUUGGGAUUUCGCACUCAAUUUUGAAUGCAGCUGAUGUAAUUUUCCUUAUAAUUACUUAAUAGUACUCCAUUUCUGAUGGGUUUAUAAGACUACAAUUGAAGUAUUUUAAUAAUAGGUAUGUGUUA